AUGGCGGAUUCAACUCCCAAAGCAGCGGCAAGCCCGCCAGCCGGCUCCCCGAAGUCACCAAAGUCUCCAAAGUCGCCACAGUCAGUCGCUUCCCCCGCCGCGCCAGCGUCCGCGGCUGCCACAGCAGCAACGCCAACCCCCCAGUCUCCUCCCACCGAGGCUGCCGAGACACCGGCUACCAUUGAAAUCGACGAUGGAUCGACUGACGAUGCAUCGACCAUCGACGACAGAAUCUCUUCAUACACAGCAUCAUUGACAUCUUCCGUCGUCGACUACCCGACCGAGUAUGGCCGGCGUUAUCACGCCUUCCGAUCUGGAGUCAAGACCAUUGGAGAUCGACUCUUCCUUGCGCCGAUCGAUGCGGCCAAGACUCACCGAAUCCUUGAUGUUGGCACUGGAACUGGCAUCUGGGCUAUUGAAAUGGGUGAUUUGUUUCCAAAUGCAGAGAUCCUUGGAAACGAUCUGAGCGCUAUUCAGCCACCAUGGGUGCCACCCAAUGUCAAGUUCGAGAUUGACGACGUUGAAAGCGAAUGGAUCGGGCACAACAAGUACGAUUUCAUUUUCAGCCGGUAUAUGGCCGGCGCUUUAGCCGACUGGCCAACAUACAUGAGACGAGUCUAUGAAAACCUGAACCCGGGAGGUUGGGCCGAAUUCCAAGACUGGGACUACAUGCUUUACUCAGAUGACGGGACGACCGAAGGCACCGAGCUUCUCAAAUGGAUGGGCUACUUCAUGGACGCUUGCGAGGCCCUGGGCCGUGAUGGACAGGUGGGACCUAAGCUGGAAACGUUGGUGAGGGAGAAUACCGGUCUCAUCAAUAUCGUCCAUAAACCCUUCAAGAUCCCCGCAGGACCGUGGGCCAAGGACGCCCACCUGAAGGACAUUGGCAUGUGUAACCUCAUCCAAAUGCUGGACGGUCUUGAAGCUUUCACCCUGAGGCUUCUCUGUGGCGUCCUCGGCUGGACCAAAGAGGAGGUUUUGGUGUUGCUGACGGGUGUGCGCAACGAGCUGAGAACCGGUAAGGCUCACGCCUGGCUGCAUUACAAUGUUGUGUACGGUCAAAAGCCAAAAGAAGAGGAGAACUAG